CGCGUGCUUAAUCUUUGCGACUGUCAUAUUCUGUCAAGCUCGGUGAGCUUAUGAUCUUCAGUCAUGCUAAAUCUAAUUGAAAAAACAUAAAUUUUAGGCAUUAAGUAUUAUUUGGUGAAGUUCAGAGCUAUUACAAAAAAAGUGGCUUGCAAUCGUGAUCAAACAUGUAUCGUAUCUGUCCCGAUCUCAUAGCCGAUACGGGUGUGUCUAUACGCGUGUUCCAAUACGUGACCAAGUAUGUCAGUCAGUUGGUAAAAGUACGAGUUUGUUAUAAUCGUAGCAAACAUUAAGUUAUCGGUAAACAGAAAUUUUUUAACGAUGUCAGCUGGCAUCCUGCAGGAUAAGAGUGUAGCCUUGAACGGCAAGAAUGAUGUACCGGUAGUCUCACAACCUACUACUAGGUGUGGAGUUAGAGUUUACAAAAUUGUUAUUUUGGGUGAUGGUGGUGUUGGUAAAUCAGAAAUGAUUUUUUCAGCGGUCACAUUACAAUUUGUCAGUCAUAGCUUUCUUGAUUAUCAUGAUCCAACCAUAGAGGAUUCAUAUCAACAACAAGCAGUUAUUGAUGGUGAAGCUGCACUUUUAGAUAUAUUGGAUACAGCAGGACAGGUGGAAUUUACAGCUAUGCGUGACCAAUACAUGAGAUGUGGAGAAGGUUUUAUGAUAUGUUACUCUGUAACUGAUAGACAUAGUUUUCAGGAAGCUUUGGAAUAUCGAAAAUUAAUAACACGUGUGAGAGCUAAUGAAGAUAUACCAUUGGUAUUGGUUGGCAAUAAAUUUGAUUUACAACAUCAACGAAAGGUAACUACAGAAGAAGGAAAAGCACUUGCUGAGCAACUUGGUUGUCCCUUUUAUGAAACAUCUGCAGCUCUUAGACAAUUCAUAGAUGAUGCAUUUUAUUCAUUAGUCAGACAAAUUCGAGCUAAAGAGAGAUCAAGAAAUUCAAUUUCUUUUCUCCUGAGACAGAAGAAACAUAUCACUACCUUUCGGCAUUGUAACAGAGAAGCGAGGUUUUAGGCGCACAGCGCCAGGUGGAUCUUUUGGAAGAAUUGGAAUUCCAUGGUAUUUCAAACCACGUUGACCAGCUAAAGAUAUUCUUACAGCUGAUUCCGGAACAGGAUCCAACUGAAUCUUGUUAAUUACUUCUCUUGUAGCUAAAUUGGCAAAAUGCCAAAAUAUCAUAAAAUACUAAGUCAAUUGAUAAUAUGCAGAAAUUAAACAAAAUGGAAAUUGUAUUAAUAUUUCUAUUGAUUUUAUAAAUAUGUUAAAACAAUUCAAAGAAUUAUUAUUAGAAAAACUGC